UGAACGCACUACAAGCGCUUUGAAAAGUUGAUGUAAUUAUACUUUCCUGUGGAUAUAUUGUCUCACAUUCCUACCUACAAAAGGACCAACCGCACGGACAACUGGUAAAGUGCCCUGUCUGCCAGCUUCUUUCGAGUGCCCCGCUCAGUCACCCCAGCGGGUAUGAGCACCACCCCCACAGCAAAAAUGGCCUACCAGAUCUGCAUGGAGAUCACCAAUCGGGUCUUCAAUGACUCCCUAUUGAAUCCAAAUUCCGAGGACUACAAGAAAAUGUAUGACGAGGUCAACCAAUUGCUUGCUGAAGUCUACGGGUGUCCUACGUGCUCAACAGGAUCCGUUUAUGGGGGCAUUGCAACAAUGACUUUCAGACAUGGAUCAGUGAUAGCAAACGCUACCAUCAUUUUCUACACAGAGGCUAUCAAUCAAUGGGUGGUCAAGUUUCUGUUCCUGGAAAAUAUCAAAGACAAACCUUCUGCCCUCCAGAUAAAUACACAUUAUACUGAAUUUGAAGCAACACCAGUACCAGCCGUGGUUCCAAACAUAACCAUCCCCACCACACCUACUACAACCAUAACAUCUACGACUUCCAUGACUACAACCACUACUACUAACCAGCCAACAACCACUCCAUUGGCUACAACUACAACUACUUUUGACAAAACCAUAGAAGGUCAAAUUAGCGUUGUAACCCUCUCUACCACUACAGGCAGUGGAAUGAGAAACGAUAGUGUACGCAGUACAUCCAGUCCUACAUCUACGUCUUCUUCAGUGAUAACCGAUGGUUCAGGAGGAAACAACAGGACCAAUACAACUCUUCUACCAACAACAAGUCAUGGUGCAAGUACUUCACCUGGGAGGGUGGACCCAGCAAAAACCAGUAAGAGACCAACUACCUCCCCAUCAAGUGGUUUUACCAAACGUCCCCUGAAGCCUUCCACCAGGCAUCAGUCAAGCACCACAACUAAAUCUAGCACAACUGCCAACAUGGCUUCCGGGGGUAAUGAUGGUGGGUUCAAUGACUGGGUACCAGGAUGGGCCAUUGCUCUGUUGGUGUUAGCCGCUGUCAUCCUGCUACUCCUCAUUAUCAUCUUCAUCAUGAUGGUGGUGCGUUGGUGCUGUAAAAGGUCAAAAGAUCUGUACACUCAUGAAAGAAAGAACUUCCCCAACAUCGGCUCUUUCCCAGCAUAUGUCUCCCAUGGCCCCCAAGCCCCCAUACAGGAGCAACCCAAUGGAAAGACCUUUGAGACCAUUGAUGACCCACGAAAGAAGAAUAAAACAGGCAUGUACAUAGUGAACCCCUGAGCAGGAAGAUGUGGAGGUGACAUACCAACAGGUAAACUCUGGUCAGCAGAACAAGAACAGAUAAAGAUGAGCUACAAGCAAAACCAAGUCACAGCCUCUGUAAAUAUUUAUAGUUUGUUAGGAAUUUAGUAUGUUAAGGAUGAAAAUGAUCGGAAUGAAUGGUUUCAUACUUUUUUAUUUAUGACACUUGUUUGCACAUAAAUAUUGGGCAACCUUGCUAGUAUUUUUAUUACUCUAUAUGACGUCAUCAUCUUUGACCCUGUUAUCAACACAACCAGCGUCUUUUUUGAGUGUGUUAUAUUCUGACUUUCCAUUUGUACUAAUAAAUAUUGGUACAAAUAUCUCAAGUUUUGCUUUGCAUCUUGUGUAACUGUUCAAUUGUAUAAUGCUAAAGAUUAUUGUUAAAAAAUAUACAGUAUGUGAAAAUCAAAGAGUGCAUUCCUUAAUUGUUCAGAUAUUUGAAUAGGGAGUUUACAGUAAUAAUGUGAUAUCUUGCAAAAUGGAAAUAGAUGGAGGGCUGAAUCCUAAGAGAUCAUUGAUGUCAAUGGAAGAUUAGCAAAAACUCAAGUUACAUGCACAGAUCUUAAGUUAGCUUUGGGAGUUGAGCACUACACAUGUAAAUAGAAGUAAAAUCAUUAGUGUCCUGGAUU